AUGAAGUUCACCGCUGCCGUCGUCCUCGCCGCCGCUGCUGGCGCCUCUGCCCACUACAAGGGCAACGCCACGGUCGUCACCGAGGUCGUUGACGUGUACACCACCUUCUGCCCGGCUCCCACCCAGAUCACCCACGGCACCAAGACGUACACCGUCACCGCGCCCACCACUCUGACCAUCACCGACUGCCCUUGCACCAUCACCAAGCCGGUCAUCACCACCUCCUCGGUUGCCUGCCACACCUGCGGUGGCUACACCAACAGCACCGCUCCCACUGGUGUUCCCUCCACCGCCGUCCCUCCCCCUGUCGGCACUGGCAGCGUCACCCCCGUUGUUCCCCCCACCGCCGUUCCCACCGCCGGUGCUGGCCGCCUGGCCGGCGCUGGUCUGGCUGGUAUUGUCGGUCUUGCUGCUUUCGUCCUGUAA